AUGGUUCGUUCGGAUGAUCGGAACCGCUCUACAGCCGUCCAUUCAUUCUCUCGCGCGAUACCUGACCGAGGAUUAUACAAGGAAAAGGGCCCAGACCAACCUAAUCUCUGGGCGGAAUCGCACCGCUUUUUAGGAGGCAAGACUCGCACGGAUCUCAUAUCGCCAUCGACCAAGUACUCUGGUACCGGUACAGAGACGAGUGCCAAAGACUGGCACUGGUUCAUUUUAGUGUUGGAUCAUUUUUCGGACGACUUUUACCUGAAGCGUUCAGUCAGCCGCCAGCCGCCGCCCAAGUUCAACGCCAACGCCAACGCCAAACCAAAGGGGAGCCCGAGGAGGGUACAAGUACGAAGAAGGCUAAGCACCUGCCUGUACUCGCCGAACUCCCCUCGUCACCAAAAAACACCCGCCCUUCCCUGCGUUGCUUGGGCCCCGACGCGCGGACCGACCGACGUGCGAACUAGAGCGGCCCGUCCAGGUCGUCCUCUCUCGCUUGCUUGUCCCCUCGAGCUCGGACGCACUAUUCUCGUUCCCAGCACGAUAGUUGGUACUACCAUUGUACUGUGGCACCUCUUUACCCUGCCAAAAACCGCAGGGAAGAAGAAGCAGAGAAAGGGCGGCCCCCGUCCCAAGUGGAGACAAGCCGCCACCUGCCUCCCACCGACUGGAUGCCAACGUGCCGUUACUGGUCCCAUCGAGUCAUAA